AUGUUCAUGUUCGGAUUUGGAACUCUCUUUUAUGUCACUCUGAUGGUCGUCAAUGCCAUUGCUGUCCUUCAUGAAGAACGGUUUCUUGCUAGAAUUGGACUGUCGGUUUCUCAAGCUGCUUAUCAGCAACAAGGUGGUGAUCCAAACUCAAUCAAACUCAAACUGGUCAAUCUGAUUGCUGCUGUUCGUACUCUACUUCGUAUUCCUCUAGUUGCUCUAAAUAUUGUUGUUAUUAUAUAUGAACUCAUAUUGGGCUAG